CGCAUGCGCGAGCCGUGGCUUUCUGGGAGAGACGCGUCGCGCGUGUGGUUGGGGACGAAUUCCUCGGUGGGGGCUGGGUGUGAGCUUGACGGAUUCCAGACCCCGGCGGUUAGAGGGUCAAGGAAGGGGGCCUGUAGUGCCACGCGAGGACUUCGAGCUGCAGCUAUGAGGCUGAAUCAGAACACUGUGCUGCUGGGAAAGAAGGUGGCCCUGGUACCCUACACCGCCAUGCACGUGCCUAGGUACCACGAGUGGAUGAAGUCAGAGGAACUGCAGCGUUUGACAUCCUCUGAGCCGCUGACCCUUGAGCAGGAGUAUGCGAUGCAGUAUAGCUGGCAGGAGGAUGCAGACAAAUGCACCUUCAUUGUGCUGGAUGCAAAGAAAUGGCAGGCCCAGCCCCACCCCACCGAGGAGAGCUGCAUGGUGGGAGAUGUGAACCUCUUCCUCAUGGAUCUAGAAGACCCUGCUUUGGGGGAGAUUGAGGUCAUGAUUGCAGAGCCCAGCUACAGAGGUCAGGGGUUUGGCACCGAGGCAGCCCUCCUGAUGAUGUCCUAUGGAAUGACCAAGCUGGGUCUGACCAAGUUUGAGGCUAAAAUUGGGCAAGAAAAUAAACCAAGCAUCCGGAUGUUCCAGAAGCUUCACUUUAAGCAGGUGGCUGCCAGCAACGUCUUCCAGGAGGUGACACUCAGGCUGGCAGUGAGUGAGCCAGAGCGACUGUGGCUUUUGGAACAGACUAGCCACAUGGAGGAGAAGCCCUAUAGAGCUGAGUUGGUGGAGCCUGUGACAGCCACCCAGUAUGAGAAGGAGAGUUGGCACCACCCACUCGCAAAGCCAGAGCUUGGCAUGGGAUCUAAACGUCCGGUGCCUUCAGUCCACUCUACAGCCUCCUGAGCUUGCCUUGGCCUCCCCUGGCUGGCAGUGGCCAAGCAGACUCCUUUCCCCUCACAGCCAUAAACUGACUUGGACUCCAAUGAAUAUCAGGAGUUCAUCAAAAAGGUCAGGGUGGAGGUGGGAGCUAGAAGCUCAGAGGGUCUGGAGAACAAGUCACAGGCAGGCCUGGGGCCUCCUGGCUGAGUAAAGCACUUGCUUAGCCAGCUU